AUGCCACUACGGGACCUGAAGAGCUUCUCUGGCACCAGAGCCACCUCUGAUAUUGCCUUGAAUGAAGAAUGUGACAUACUUUAUACCAAAUGUCUGCGAGAAGAAAACCCCAGAGUCGAUUUCACUGUUUCAAGUGAGAUUAAUAAGAAAUUACUCGAAAGGAGCACAUGGAAAUGUAAAAAGCAUAUUUCAAAAAGUCUAAGUGUGGAGCUUGCAUCAGCUACUGCUUCAGGAAGCGGCAUCAUAGGCAUGAUUGACACGAUUGACAGACCCGCAGAUGCCAGUGCAGAAGGCACCUAUACUCGAGCUGGAUCAUAUGUGGAUGGUUUUGAAAACAAACCAGGAAGGAGGAUUCCCAAAGCUGGAGUCUAUGCGGAAGCAGGAGUCGGACGAGCCAGUGCUGAAUACAGUGUAUUUAGGGUAGAAGCCAAAGGUCCAAACGCCUCGGCUGGUGCUGAAGCCACUGCGGCUAGACUCGGGGCCGGAGCAAUGGCUCAGGCUGAAAUUGUCAGUGUGUCAGCUAGUGCUGGUCCAGUUGAUGUGAAAUUAGGACUUGGAGUCGACACAGGUGGAUAUAUUGGUUUGGGUGGGGUGGAGGCCAAAAUACUGGGAUUUGGAUUCUCAAUCUGGGUUCAGAAUUGUCAUUUUCAUUCUAGUCACACAGGAACAUGA